AUGUCCGAGUCAGUGAUGGAGAAGGCUCCCGAGGUGAUGAAGGCUCCUAAGACCGCGACGGAAGCAAUGGAUGCUGCUGUAUUGGUUGGCAAUGAGCUCGGCCCUAUUGGACUGAGUCUCUAUGUCCCCGUGGGCAACAACAACCAAAGCAGCAAUGAAAGACGAGGCUUUGGGGUCCGCCAUUUUUUUGAUCCAAGUCUGGGCGGUGGUUCUGUGGUCCCGGCUGAUCGUAUUCGCCUCACCGUCCGAUUCCCCAGAGAUGGGUGCAGCUGGGCCUAUGAGGAAGCUUCAAUACCUCUUCUUGACCGAUUUCCUGACGCCAAGGGCCGUGAAAAGGGCCUCACUGUUAUUCGGGUUAGCCUCGCCAACGAAGCUCGCAUCAAAGUCACUGGUUUCGGCAUCCCCUUUGCAAACACGGAUGAUCCUGAAGUGGAAGGCUGGAUGAAUGACAACAAGCCCAUCGCCGGCGACGCAACUCUUCUGGGCUUCUUGAGACAAAGAAUGUUCCACAUCCUCGUCCCAAUUGCUCCUGCUGUCGCCAGCAAGAGGUUUUCCGUGGAGAGGCUGCCACCGCCAUUCAUGUAUCCAUACGGCACAGACCAAAGAUGGGACGUCGGCAAGUUCAAGGACUUGAUCAAGAGCAAAAAAGGCCACCAGUUCAGAGAGGUCUAUAGCCACGACGACGACAACCACCACAUGACCGCCGUAAAUCAGAAUAAUGUGCAAGAUGUCAUGUGGCUCGACGAUGCAGCUAUCGAGAUCGCGACAAUCAAGUUUCCCGCCUACUUCGUCCGCCCUGAUCCCGAAACUCCCACGGCCGACACUGAUGUCUUCUUCGUUGUUACCGCCAUACGAACAUGGUUUGCGAAAGAGCACGACAAAGCCUGGGCUCGCCUGAGCAAGAAAGAGCCAGUAUUGCUUCAUCUAUAUGGCCGCCCCGAAAACAGUGAGCCAGACGCCAUAUGGAAAUGCAAGAUUGUCGACCGCCCAACCAAGGAGCCUGCUUUAGCGCUCCAUAGCAUCCAGAAAUCGGAUCUGGUUCUCGAGGUCCAUCGGCCGAAGCGAGCGGACAAGUAUGCAGGCUUCGUUGUCAGGGACUUUGCUUGUCGUGAAGAGGCAAAUGAUGCGCUGGAGCAAGGGAUCGAGCAAUGGCACCGUGUCAGUCUCUGUUUCGACGCCGGGCUACGAGACUGCAAGCGGAGAGUCGAAGCCGUGUCCCUCUUCCAUCCCCUCGCAGAGCCAUCCAACCCUUUCCGAUGGGGACUGCCAGAUCCGAGUAUGCCAGCCAAAGCGCAGGAAGCCUUCAAGGGCAAGGACAAGGUCACCUUGACGCGGGAAAGGGCGCAAUUGAUGGACAGAAUGGAGCUUCACCGUGCUCUUGUUCGCGGAAACGGCUUCUACGACUGGAUGAUUGCGAAGCAUGCGACGAGAUCCAACGUCGACGCCACAUCAUCUCCCUCCGUGGUCGACGCCGACAUCACGUAUCGCCAGUUGCCUUGCGCCAAUUUCCUGGACUUUGGAGAUGCUGUCCGUGCUGAAGCGAUUGUCAACGAGGCGCUCCCGCAUGAUCGUGACCGUUUCCGUGCAUACCUGAGCAAGCGGCCUCUUGGAUUCGGGAUAAUUGCAGGUGGCCCAGGUACUGGAAAGACCACAGCAGGUGCAGCAGCAACAGCAGCCAUGGUGGAGAGGUAUGGCCGAGUCUUGUGCUCUGCUCCGAGCGACGCCGCCGUCGACAACUUUGCCGCUCGACUGGACACGAGGACACGCGCCAUGACCGAGGCCUGCAACCGAGGCAACGAGCAGAGCGGCUCAAAGCGCUACCGCCAUCGGCUUGUCAUCAGAGCGUACCAUCUGAGCGCCGAGGUAGAUGCUUUCAAUGCCUUGCUCAAGGAUCCGAAGCUGGGCGACGAGGCAGCUCCAAAGGGAUGGGAGCCCCGAUGGAUGCUUCAUCUGUCUUUGGCCUUUUGGUUCCUGGCUGUCCUUGGCUCCCCUGCUGUCAGGAAGUUGCACCCAGAUGACAGUCAAGACCUAUGGGAUCUGCGCCAGCAAGUUGACAGCACGGAGCCGGAUCUUGAACGCUUGCGGGACGUUGCCACGGGAGUCACUACCUGGGAGCAAUACGAACAGGAGGGCCCGGUUCUGGACAAGACAAUCGAGUUCUACUUGCUCCGUCUCCUGCCAUACGCCGACAUGCUCUGCAUAACGCCCGCAGAAAGCGAGGAUGCGGCUGCUAUGGACCGGGCAGACCUCUACUGCGUCUGGGGCAACACAUGUAUGCCAUGCGUCAUGUUCGGCGACCCGCAGCAGCUGUCUUCAACCGCCUUGACAACCUUUGAGAGAGAUAGUGACGGCAAUUUCCUCAACCGGUUCGCACAGACCGGGUCGAUACCGGCCCUGGUCUUCCUCCAGGCGACUGGCUUUCCGGUGUACCGGCUCACAACCCAGCUGCGUAUGGCCAAUGGUCUCUUCGACGCCACGUCCAGGGUCAUCUAUCCAGGCGUGCCCCUUGUCUACGCCAGCAGCUGCGAUAUCGCCAACGAUGCGUUCAGCGCUGGAAGAGCCCUGGAGAGCUACAUCCAGGAAAAGUACCCAACCGUCGGUGUCUGUCCCGAGAACAAGCUCCUCCCCGUCUUCAUCCAUACGCCAGGAUCCAGGGUCUUCACCUAUGCUACCACAGGCGCGAAGAUGAGCCUCGACCAGGUCAAAAUCGCGCUGGACUUUCUCCUGGAUCUGGUCAAAUCAAAGCCCGACAUCAAGCCGUCCCAGAUCACCAUCCUAUCGCCCUACUCAGCAAACGUCCACAUACUCGAGAAAAAGCUGAGAGGGAGUCACAAGUACGAGGCACUCCAGGGCAUGUCGCCGCCGUCGACAGUCCACUCGUUCCAGGGUCAAGAAAACGACAUUGUCGUUGUCGUUAUGGGUACCGUAGCCCGGAGUCUUGGGCCUGGCUGUACCACCCAGAAGCGACUCCUCAAUGUGAUGAUGACACGGCAUCGAUCUGGGCUGGUGGUAGUUGGUAACAUCAAUGUCGCUGGGGACUUGCUGGAUGGCGACGGCAACAGGGUGCGCGCGGGCUGGACAAGUAGCGGGAACAAGAGAAUCGUGACUCAGGGCGCCCAUGGCGAACUUCGUUACGCCAAUGUGUCGACGCUCCUCAAGGUUCACAAAGCGUUUUGUCAGACUGGCCGGGUCAUUAUCAUCCCAGUCGCUACAGAGGAGACGGAUGUCGAGGUUGUUGAGGUUGAGGCUGGGCCAGCUCCUGCUGAGUAG